AGAGGGGCCGCGUGCCGCAGUGGGCCCGGCGGAGAGCGGCGGAGCCGGCCCCAGCCCCGGCACCGGAGCCAUGGCCGCGGGGCCCCCCGGCACCUUCCUCCUCACCCUCCUCUUCCUCCUGCCGCUCUGCCCGCGCGGCCGCGGGCAAAGCUUCGGGCAAACGCGCUUCAUCUGCACCUCGGUGCCGCUGGACGGGGACAUGUGCGCCGCCUCCGCGCCGGUCAGCGGUUCCGCCGAGGAGCUGAAGAGCACCGUGCUGCAGCUACGGGAAACGGUGCUGCAGCAGAAGGAGACCAUCAUGAACCAGAAGGAAACCAUCCGUGAGCUGACGGCUAAACUGGGCCGGUGCGAGAGCCAGAGCGUGCUGGAGGCGCUGCCCGGCGAGCCCAAGGGCGGCGGGGCCGGCAGGAAGACCGGCUUCUCCAAGAACACCAUGGGGGACCUUUCGCGGCCACCCGCGGCCGAGACCCUCAGCCAGCUCGGACAGACGCUGCAAUCCCUGAAGACCAGGCUGGAAAACCUCGAGCAGUUCAGCAGGAUGAACUCCUCCAGCCAGACCAACAACCUGAAGGACAUCCUGCAGAACAAAAUCGACGACCUGGAGAAGCAGGUGCUGUCCCGGGUGAACAGCCUGGAGGAGGGCAAGUUCAACCCCAAGAACGAGUCCGAGGAGCGCGGCAAGAUCGAGAGCACCCUCACGUCGUUGCACCAGCGCAUCAGCGACCUGGAGAAAGGCCAGAAGGACAACCGGCCCCCGGAUAGGUUCCAGCUCACCUUCCCGCUGCGCACCAACUACAUGUACGCCAAGGUGAAGAAGAGCCUGCCCGAGAUGUACGCCUUCAGCAUCUGCAUGUGGAUGAAGUCCAACGCCUCCCCCGGCAUGGGCACCCCCUUUUCCUACGCUGUGCCCGGGCAGGCUAACGAGCUGGUGCUCAUCGAGUGGGGCAACAACCCCAUGGAGAUCCUCAUCAACGACAAGGUGGCCAAACUACCCUUUGUCAUCAAUGACGGCAAGUGGCACCACAUCUGCGUCACCUGGACCACACGGGAUGGUGUGUGGGAAGCCUACCAGGACGGCACGCAGACCGGCAGCGGCGAGAACCUGGCGCCCUACCACCCCAUCAAGCCCCAGGGGGUCCUGGUCCUGGGCCAGGAGCAGGACACGCUGGGCGGUGGGUUCGAUGCCACGCAGGCCUUCGUGGGGGAGCUGGCCCACUUCAACGUGUGGGACAGGAAGCUGAGCCCCGGGGAGGUGUACAGCCUGGCCACCUGCAGCACCAGGGCGCUCUCGGGCAACGUCAUCGCGUGGGCCGAGGCCAACAUCGACAUCUACGGCGGGGCCACCAAGUGGACUUUUGAGGCUUGUCGCCAGCUCAACUAGGGCCACGGACAAGCGAGAGAAACCUCAUCGGGUUCUUUUUUCUUUUUUGGUCCGUCCCCUCCCUCCCCCCUCCUUUUUUUGCGCAAAACCAACCAAGAACGAAGCCACCUAUCUUGUCCCAAGGAGUGGGGAUACCCCAGCAGUGGGGUCACCCACCCUCAGAGCCCCACGACCCUCCGGUUUCUGUCUUGCCAACGUCCUUCAACGCCUGCGUGCCUUGGCCUGGCGCGGCUGCGCCCCGUCCCGCUGCCCCCGGCCCCUGCUUUGCCGCUGUCUCCCCCCGCCGGGGCAGCCCUGCUUUCCCCGGGCACUGGCGCCUUAAAAGGCUGCGGGGCCCAGACCAGAGCCCCCCCUUGGGGGUCUUCUCCCUCCAGCCUGCAGCUCCCCUCCCGGGAUCCGGGAGUGCGGCAGCAGCCAGGGGUCCGAACCCCCCCCCCUUCCCACCCCCCCUCGGGUAAGGGGACACCCCCCUUCCCUGGCCGGCGCUGCUCCUGAGCACCACAGCCAUAGCCCUGGGCUGCGGCGGGCACCGGGGUGGGACCCCACCCUGGGCGGGACCCCCCACCAGCCCUGCUCCCUGACCUGCCGCACUCAGGUACGCCCCCUUGGCCCCGCUGCCUGCAGCCCCCCGAGGCCUCCUACACGCCGUAGCUGGUGAAAAAGAGCCUUUACUGUCCCCCUGGAAGUUUAGCUACCACUGAAAAGUCUGAAGCCUUUCUGCUUUUGAUAAUACACUAUGUUGUUUCUCUUACUGUAAAGGGAAGUUUAUUACUGUCAAAAAAAAAAAAAGGUAUUUUUAUGAAGAUGAAAAAAUAUAUAAUUCAGCAGUGCUCCCUGAGGAAAAAAAGUACUUUGUGAUUCUGCAGGAAAAAAAGAGAUAAAGAAGCAUAUUUUGAAAUAAUAGAUGCAUUUUGUAUGGUUUCCUUUUCUAAACUCCUAGUUUGUACUACAGAUCGCAGAAAUCACCCCCCGGCCCACCCCACUGACCCCCCGAGGGCUGCCCUUGGGUGGCAGUGGAGGAUGAGGCAGAGAAUUCACACAGGGCUCCAGAGCCUCCCCGACCAACUCCAAAGAUGUGGCAAAGAGACGCGUGGAGCGGAGGGGCCCGCACGGCGCCGGGCAAGGCCAAGGCUGCCCCGGCCACGAGCACAGAGCUGGCCCAGCCACCGCCGCUUCAGGGAACCAGCACCCAGCCGAAGAGCAGCACCGGCAGCCACACGCACCCCCCCGAAUCGAGAUAUCUUCAUAUGAACUGUGGCUCAGGGCAGCGAAUUUUAAACUGUGCUCUUUUUAAAAAAAAAAAAAAAAAAAACCAAGAAAAACACAAAAAUAUUGUGAGUUAAAUUACGUUCCUCCUAAGAACCUCUUCACAUCAGCAAAGCAACAAGCACAACCUGCUGAGAAGAACCAGACCACUGCAAAGGUUUGACCUACAGUCCCAGGUGCGUCAGAUUUGCCAAAAAAUGAAAUUAAAACAAGGGUUUGAUGUCAACACAAUGUAUAUAGUGUAUAGUAGGGGAGCAAAUAAAUGUAUCUUAAUUUGUCAUUAUUUUGCUAACCAAAGCUGUACAUUUUUCUUAUUACUUGCUCUGUCUUCUUUGGGUUUUGAAUGGGUUGCGAUAUACUACGCAUCCAGUCCGCAUCGGCAGUUCUGAAAAUGCACUGUUUCUACUGAUACUCAUGCUUUUUCCAUUUUAUUGCUGAGAUUACAUGAAUUGUUGACUUUAUUUUUACACAAUAAAGAGUGAAGAAAGACA